CCAUCUCUCUCUCUCUCUCUCUCUCUCUCUCUCUCUGCAAAAGCUUCUGAGUUUUUUCUUUUUUGAAGAAGAAGAAGAGCUUGAUUUCUUUUGGAAAUGGGAAAGGACGUUGAGGUGACGGAGCAAGGCGAGUUCACGGCCAAGGACUACACGGAUCCGCCACCAGCACCUCUGAUCGACGUUGAGGAACUGACGAAAUGGUCCUUCUACAGGGCCCUGAUUGCUGAGUUCAUCGCUACCCUUCUUUUCCUCUACAUCACCGUCGCGACGGUGAUCGGGUACAAAAGCGCGGUGGAUCCCAUCAAGAACACUGCAGCCGACGCGGCUUGUAGUGGAGUCGGAAUCCUCGGCAUCGCCUGGGCUUUUGGAGGCAUGAUCUUCAUCCUCGUCUACUGCACCGCCGGCAUCUCAGGUGGGCACAUCAACCCGGCCGUGACGUUUGGGCUGUUCCUUGCCCGGAAAGUGUCGCUCAUCCGAGCCGUUCUUUACAUGGUGGCCCAGUGCCUGGGAGCCAUCUGCGGGGUGGGGCUUGUCAAGGGCUUCCAGAAAGCCUACUACGUCCGGUACGGUGGUGGGGCCAACGAGCUCGCGGUAGGCUACAACAAGGGCACCGGUCUUGGCGCAGAGAUCAUCGGCACCUUCGUUCUCGUCUACACGGUCUUCUCUGCCACCGAUCCCAAGAGAAGCGCCAGAGACUCCCACGUCCCGGUUUUGGCACCACUCCCUAUUGGGUUUGCCGUUUUCAUGGUUCAUCUGGCAACGAUUCCCAUCACAGGCACUGGCAUCAACCCUGCCAGGAGCUUUGGAGCUGCUGUCAUCUACAACAAAUCCAAGGCUUGGGAUGAUCAGUGGAUCUUCUGGGUUGGGCCAUUCGUCGGGGCCGCCAUCGCAGCCGCCUAUCACCAGUACAUUCUCCGGGCAUCAGCCAUCAAAGCUUUAGGGUCUUUCAGGAGCAACCCCCACGUUUGAUUUCUCCCACGUUUUCUCCAUAGAGAUGGGUGUUUGGAACGAAUAAUGGCGUGAACGUCUAUGGAAGGUCACCUCAAAUCUGUCUGAUCGAGGGUCUGGUGGGCUUUUGUUUGAGAGAGAUCUGAAGACCAUGGAAUUGUAGAUAAGAGACCAAUGGGAGACUUUUCUUCCCAUUGCCUUUUUUCUUUUUUUUCUUUUUUUUUUAUAAAAUUUAUAGCAUUUUCCUUUAAAUGUAUUAGUGUUUGUUUGUCAUCUCUAUUUUCUUCCUAUCUUCUUCCAGUGUAUCUAAUGGGAUGCUACAUGAAUCUAGCAAUGUGGUUUGCAUUUCUCAAA